AUGCAAAUCCUCAGCUACAGAAUUUUUUUUCUUUCCCAGUUUCGCAGAGUAUUGGUCAACCUGGUAAGGUCUGGCUUUCCAUCACUUUGUAUCAUUUUCCAGCUAUUUAGGCUAGUGUCAUUGGUGAUGUUCUCAAUAUUCGUGGUAGACUGUACCUUGUACCAUGAUUCAACGAGUGUGGAUUGUACCAACUUCACAGUUUACAAUACUCCACCGUGCGAUCCGUACUGCUGGAAGACUGUAUGGCUGUCCUGCUCAAUUUCAACGUCGAUCGUCGGGAUUUGUUUACUCAACAGGACACUGCUACCCGAGCUAAGACCCGUGGGGAACAAAGCAAUAUUGAAGUGUCUGGUCAGAAAGCCCUACUUCUGGUCCUUAAACACCAUCAUAGUUCUUGUGGUCCUCUACGAUGUUUUAAUCAUGGCCCAAAACGAAAAUGCUAAGAUAUAUGUCGAGUGCCUUGUGAUCCUUUCCAAACUGUGCACUGUAUAUCUGUUAUACCAGUUGAAUUUCACCUUCCCUCCCUGCAGGCAAAAGGAUUUUCGACCUGUUUCCAGAGGUGCUUAUUGCAUUACGCUGUCCAUUUUCGUCUUGGACAAUCUUUGCAAGUUCUUAGUGUUGUCAGCUCAAGUUGCGUUUAAGUUUUAUACAGUCAACCACAACAAGCCUAAACCACUGACAAUCAUCGACCUUAUGUUGAUGGUGAUAAACGCUUCACUGUAUCACAGUUUUCUUCAGUUCUUUUGGCACAAACUUUUCCGUGCUGAUAAGGAUAUUUUGAAAGUGGUCAAGGAGAAUUUCGUAGAUACUACGGGGAUAAGAGAGCACAUACAGGAUGGAAACCCAGUAUGAAGCUUACACGACGUGCUUGAUGCCAGUCUGCUAUUUGGAUAACACGUCUGUGCUGAAACUGAUGCGCAACUAAUGCAAGGAGUGCUCACAUUUGUGAACAUCUCUUUCCUACAUUAGUCUUGUUAGGUUCCCUACAUCAGCCUUCCAACCAGCUUCAAACUUUUGGUGAUUUAUUAAAAACUUGAUGUAAUGCACAUAUAUGGGGUCUUUUAUAUAGAACGUUCAUAAACAAGUUCAGAAAGUUUCUGCGGUUUCAAGAAAAAUUUACAAAAACAUUUUGGUAAUUUGUAUCUUGUGUUAUCAUUACACGGUCGAACCCCUAUUAAGCGGCCACAUUCAGGGAAAUGGGAAAUGGGCGCGGUUCGUGUGGUUGUGAAUUGAAUAUGUUUCACCAUCGGCCGGGUUAAAAUGUAAUCACGUCAAGACAAUCAUAAUAAACAUGUGUUUGAAGGUUUUAUCGGUCGUCAAAUUUUAUUUUGGACUGUUAUCUUUCAUCGUCUUUACUUAACUGAAACAAAGC